CGCGCGGAGCACCGACCCUCGGAGCACGUCAGCGGCGCGCAGCCGGCGGUGCAGCCGGGUGCUGGGGCUGUGGACCGCCAGACAACAGACGGACGGCGGCGGGGACCGAGGGACGCAGGAGGCGCGCGCCGCGAGAGCGCAGAAAUCCGCCGCGCGGGCAGGAGCCAGACCUCCCGCUUCCCACCGACAGCGCCAUGGACGGCACUGACAAUGUAACCCAGUCCUUCGCCCCGUCCUCUCUGCAGCCCGACAACUAUACCCUGUUGCCCAAUGCCAGCAGCCUGAGCCCCGACUUGGACUUUCCCCUCGCUCCUUCCUCCAGCCCCGGCCCCAGCCCCAGCCCUGGGCUCAGUCUCCCCGAGCCAGGUCCGAGCAUGGGCUUCAGCCCCGGCGCUACUCCGACCCCAGAGCCGACGACCAUCAGCUUCGCAGGCGGCACGGAGAGCCAGAGCCCUUCCCCGUUCCCUCGGCUCUGGGCCUCCCACGACACCCCGUUCUGGGACACGCCGCUGAACCACGGGCUGAACGUGUUCGUGGGCGCCGCCCUGUGCAUCACCAUGCUCGGCCUGGGCUGCACGGUGGACGUGAACAACUUCGGGGCGCACGUCCGCCGGCCCGUGGGCGCGCUGCUGGCCGCGAUCUGCCAGUUCGGCUUCCUGCCGCUGCUGGCGUUCCUGCUGGCGCUCAUCUUCUCGCUGGACGAGGUGGCCGCCGUGGCGGUGCUCCUGUGCGGCUGCUGCCCGGGCGGAAAUCUCUCCAAUCUUAUGUCUCUGCUGGUUGACGGCGACAUGAACCUCAGCAUCAUCAUGACCAUCUCCUCGACGCUUCUGGCCCUGUUCUUGAUGCCCCUCUGCCUGUGGAUCUACAGCAGAGCUUGGAUCAACACCCCUCUUGUGCAAUUACUACCCCUAGGGGCAGUGACCCUGACUCUCUGCAGCACCCUCAUCCCUAUUAGUUUGGGUGUCUUCAUUCGCUACAAAUACAACCGUGUGGCUGACUACAUUGUGAAGGUUUCCCUGUGGUCUCUCCUAGUGAUUCUGGUGGUCCUUUUCAUAAUGACUGGCACUAUGUUAGGACCAGAACUACUGGCAAGAAUCCCUGCAACCGUUUACGGGAUAGCAAUUUUUAUGCCUUUGGCAGGCUAUGCCUCGGGCUACGGCUUAGCCUCCCUCUUUCAUCUUCCACCCAACUGCAAGAGGACUGUAUGUCUGGAAACAGGUAGUCAGAAUGUGCAGCUCUGCACUGCCAUUUUAAAACUGGCUUUUCCACCACGACUCAUAGGAAGCAUGUACAUGUUUCCCUUGCUUUAUGCCCUUUUCCAGUCUGCAGAAGCAGGGAUUUUUGUUUUAAUAUAUAAAAUGUAUGGAAGUGAAAUAAUGCACAAGCGCGAUCCUCUAGAUGAAGAUGAAGAUACAGAUAUUUCUUAUAAGAAACUAAAGGAAGAGGAAAUGGCGGACACUUCCUAUGGCACAGUGAAAGCAGAUAAUUUAAUAAUGAUGGAAACCACUCAAACUUCCCUCUAAAAUGGGGAUACACAGGAGCUUCUAUCUUGCUGAAAUUUUACUUCGUAUUUAUGGUCAGUGGUUGUGUAUAUGACUUACAUAGAGAUACCAAUUGGUUCAUAUUAUCAUACAUAUAACAGUUAUGAUCUUCCCAUUGUAAGGUUGCGUUGGUGUAUUAACCAAGAGGUUUCACAAAUUACAAAUCAAUAGUGCAAUAUAACCUCCACCUGAGACUGAUAAAGUGAGGCCUGAGCUAGAUAAACGUGCUUUAUGGUUUUCAUCAUUACCAAUUUCUAUGACUGUUUCAAACAUGGAAGCUCUUAGAUAACAGGGUCUUGGGAAUGUAGAAUUUUGGUGCAUUAUCUUAUAUGAGUGAAAACAAGCUAUAUUUGUAAAGCAUAAUUGAAUUUAAUGUAAUUGUUGUGUAAAAAAAAUUGCUCUGCUCAACUUAUAAAUACUUGACAGUGUUGAAUUUUGACCUGUAUUCAGAGAAAUUCCAAAACAGAUCAAUUAAACAAUGAAAUAGAGUAUAGUAUCUUAUUUUCAAACCUGUGUCUAAUCAGAGAAAAAUUACAGUGAUGUAUUUGAUUACUUAGUCUAAUACCUAUCUAUCUGAACAGCUAACAUUUUUUUCCAGUGGACAGAAUAUUUUCUUUUCAAUUGGGGACAGAUUUGAUCUUCAGCAUUUAGGCAAACACACCUCAAAUCAAUUUAUCCGUGAGGAGUGGUUUGGUUAGGAACAUUUAUACAACUACUAUCCGCCCUGCAGACCGUCAUCACUAACAGUACCGCCUGGUCACUAUUUGGGCGGGGAAGUAAGGGGUGGGGGGAAUGUGCUCCAGGAAAGAAAACAAUUAGCCUAGAUAUGGAUGCCCCAGAGGGUUUCCCCCACACACUUGCUGAAAGGGUUCACUGGGUAAAAUUCUCAGAACCACUCUGAGAUAAACUAUAACCUUAGCUUAUAGCUAAUAGACCCAACGCAGUUCUCCCAAGCUUCGCAUUCUUGCCCAUUAUCCCAGAGGCGCCCGCUCCCUCAGUUCCCCAGCAGCACGGACACCUGGAGCAAUCGGGUUAUGGGAACCACCUGGCUCUGCUAAUGCCGAUGAUCGUUGUCUCUUGCUGGAACCCCUCUCAUCUCGUCUCAGACGAGCUCACUUACAAUUCAGUUCUUUCAUCGAAAAGAAAAUCCUUUUUCCAGGAUAUCUAAGGGUACCGUGCCGACCUCCCGGGGCUGACUAUUUCCUUAAGGAGAGGAUCGGGGACGAGGCCAUCCGGCCGGGACUGGGGGACACGAGACCCGCGGCGGGAAGGGCGCGGAGGGCGGCCCCGCGCGGCGAACCCGAGGCCCAGGGCCUUUCACGCCUCCGCGACGGCCCGCGCCAGGCCGCUUAUUUAGGGCG